GUUUUCCAGCAGGAAAAAGUCCUGAAGUUUUCCUCCCCCCUCCGAGCAGCGAAAACCCAGCCAGUCGCCAGCACGACCAGAUUUAAGGAACCGAAAUGUCUCCUCCGUCUAGAAGACUGCAGACCAAACCAGUGAUAACAUGUUUGAAGACCUUUCUGAUAUCUUACAGCCUUAUAUUUUGGUUCACAGGGGUGAUCCUGUUGGCAGUUGGCGUAUGGGGAAAAGUUAGUUUGGAGUCCUAUCUUUCUCUGGCCUCAGACACAAGCACCAACGCACCAUAUGUCCUCAUUGGCACAGGAGCCAUCAUCGUCAUCUUUGGCCUGUUUGGUUGCUUCGCUACCUGCCGUGGCAGUCCAUGGAUGCUUAAACUGUAUGCUAUGUUCCUGACUCUGGUGUUCUUGGCUGAGCUUGUGGCAGGCAUUUCAGGCUUUGUUUUUAGACAUGAGAUCAAAGCUGAACUUAAAGAUGCCUAUUGGAAGGCUGAAAAAAACUACAAUACUACGGACAGCAGAAGCCAAGCGGUGGAUUCCAUCCAGAGAACUCUGAAGUGCUGUGGGGUGCAUAACUACACUAGCUGGGCAGAGACGGCAUACUUCAAGCAGAAUGGCAUUCCCCCAAGCUGCUGUAUGCCACUGGCUAAUUGCACCCCUGAAAACCUCAAAGACCUCAAGUUGGCUGAGACCGUGGUAUACAAACAGGGCUGUUUCGCUCUGGUGACGACUGUGUUGGAAGCUAAUCUGGGAAUCAUUGCUGGGAUAUCUUUUGGAAUAGCAUUCUUCCAGCUUAUUGGUGUAUUCUUGGCAUGCUGCUUGUCUCGCUACAUCACCAAUAACCAGUAUGAAAUGGUGUAGGAAUCUCAGGAUGCAGACGUGAAGUCACUCAAGAUGGCAUUUGACACAAAGGGAAACCAUAUACUUUUAGUAUAGUGUGCGCAUGUCUUACUUUAAUCCAUUUCAUUUUAGAAAAUCCUCCAGCUGCUUUUAAAAAAAUAAUGUUUUGUCAUUGACAACUAGAUGGAAGGGAAAGAAUUAUUUUGCUAGGUAAGGGAUCAUAUAUUUUCACAAUGGUUCAUCAUGAUACAAUUACGUGUGUUUUGUAGAGUGUUAAUGAAGUUUAAGAAGUAGAAGGGUGUAGCAUGUUGCAAGUUUAAGCCAUUGUUAAACCAUCAGUGUCUAUUGUUGGUGGUGCAACAGAUAAUGUACACAUUGAUAGGUUUAUCUGAAUUAGUUGGUAUUAACAUGUGCUAAAACUCUGAAUUUAGUAUUCGUUAGUAAAGUUUUUCUCAAUGUUCUGAAUUGCAAAUUGUUGUUAACAUUGAAAUGAUGUGAACUGAGGGAGACCAGUUGGGUUAAAUAACUAAGUGAUGUUAUGAUGUGGCCUUGUAAGCCCCAGCCUUAUUUCACAUAAUAAUGCCUUACAAAUGUUGAGCUGUUUUCAAGGGUCAGCAUUUAAUAUACAUAGAGGGUCCACUGACUUUGUAAAAAUGCUGUGGUUUUUUUCUUGGUGUGUCUGAAUGAAAAUAAUUGUAUGAUAAAUAUAUGCAUUGCUUUUGUUAAUUAACAAAUGGCUUUACUGUAGUAAUCUAAUAGAAAAUGCACACUCCCUGUAACUCCCAACGAAGACGACCACACCUGACCUGAGGGUGGGGAAGACGUCUCUUUCUGAAAAACAUUCCUGUAGUUUUGUGCUUUGUGUGUAAUACAAAUACUAAUAAUGAUAAAAAAAAAUAUUGCUCAUUUUUAAACACUGGUAUUUUUUCCCAACCCUCCUUUUCCAGCAUUUAAGACUGAAUUGUACUCUGGUCACAACAUUUCAUGGUCAUAUAUGUCUGAAGGAUCAGUUAACCUUUAAAGCAUGUUCACUUUGUAGCCUACAUAUCUUUCUGUACAAAUUCAGUGUUAAUAGUUUGUUGUUCAGUUGUGGAAACAGCAUGUAAAAUACUUGAAAAAAAUAAACAAACGUAACUUA